AUGCCGGUGGGAUUUCGUUUUGAGCCCACCGAUGAAGAGCUCGUAGGCUUCUAUUUGUUGAACAAGGCAAGGGGAGAAGAUGUGGGUUGGGAUGGCAUUCGAGAUUUUGAUAUUUAUGGUGAAAAGGCUCCCUGGCAAUUCUGUGGUGAUCAGGAGGAGAAGCUUUACGUUUUUACCCGCCUAAAAAAACUAAGCAAAAAUCGUGUGGCACGAACAGCGGGGUGCGGUGUUUGGCAUGAGAAUUCUUCCGACAAAAUCUAUGAUGCUCAGGGUGAUGUUAUUGGAGCCAGGAAACUCUUCUGUUUCAAGGUGAAGAAACAGAAAUCCAACUGGUUAAUGCACGAGUUCUCAUUAGUUGGGGAGGGAGAACGGACGACUGACUGGGUCCUGUGCACCAUCCAAAAGAAAGAAUCAAGAUCAAGAGCUGGCGUUAAAAGAUGCUUUCAAGAUCAGUCUUCUCCCACCAUCAUCUCUGUGGAAACUCCAUGUCCAUGCUAUGACGAAGAGGACGGAUCCCAGCAGAGAAAGAAGAUGCGCUGCGAUGUCGAAUGUGAAGGGCCUCAAGCCACUUGGACUCCAUCAGAAUGUCCAUCUGAAUUUGGAACGCCUCAGUCUGAAUUGGAAACCCCUCUGGGCUGUCUACCACAAGGCUGUCUACCACCAGCUAGUGAUAACUCUGAUUCUGAGUUUAGUGUUUCAUAUGAAUAUUUGGAAACCUUGAUGAGCUGUAAUGAUGACUCUGCGUCUGAGUUUUAUGCUUCAUACGGUUAUCUGCCGCCACCGCCUUCCCCUGUGGGUGGACAUCUGCCGCUUGAUGCAUGGGUGGAUUCUUUCUUGGGAUCCUGA